AUGAUGCGAAAUGUUUUUAGACAGGCGCUGUGUUCCUUUAAAAUUCAGAAUCAGCUGCGCUGUGUUAACUUUUCAAGGACAUCAUCGACAAACCAAGAAAGGAAGCCACAUGAAGGAAAAGUUGCCAUAGUUACAGCAUCCACUGAUGGGAUUGGAUUUUCAAUAGCAAGAAAGUUGGCUCAGAACGGUGCACAUGUGGUGCUAAGCAGUAGAAAACAAAACAAUGUGGACAAAGCUGUGGAAAUAUUGAAAUCUGAAAAUUUAGAUGUAUCAGGUUUAGUGUGUCAUGUCGGGAAAGCCAGUGAUAGAGAAAACCUUAUCGAAAGAACUGUGAAAGACCAAGGUGGGAUUGAUAUGCUGAUUUCCAAUGCAGGAAUGAAUCCAGUGUACGGACCAAUUCUUGAUACUUCUGAAACAGCAUGGGAUAAAAUUUUUGAAAUAAAUGUCAAAGCAGGAUUUAUGUUGACCAAAGCUGUGGCUCCACAUAUAGAAAAGAGAGGUGGUGGUUCUAUUGUGUUUGUGACGUCUAUAGCAGGGUACCAGGCAUUAGAGCUUAUAGCAGCAUACAGUGUUUCCAAGACAGCAAUAUUAGGACUAACCAAGGCGCUUGCUCCACAAUGUGCACAAAUGAAUAUUAGAGUCAAUGCAAUCGCACCAGGAAUUAUAGAAACAAAAUUCAGUGAAGGU